AUGAAUAAAUUAUAGUUUAUCUUUAAAUUUUGUACGGAGUCUCAAAAAUCAAUAUAUAAACUUGAGAAUUCUCAAAAAUAUAUAGCUGAUUUAGUUUAGAAGACUGAUUGGAUUAGUUUUGCAAUAUCUAAACAUAUUCCAAAAUAAGUGAGGUACUCAUUAAUAAUUGAAUAAAGAUAAGAUUAUUUGAACAUUUGUCAAUUUCAUAAUGAAUUAGCAAGAAUAGAAGAAACUUCUAAAGAAAGAUCAUUAGGAGUAGGCAAACUUUAAUAUUGGUCAGAUCAAAUAGAUUAAGUAAUAUUUCUUAAAAUUUUGAGAUUUUUUUAGAUAAUCCUUAAAGAGAUCCUUUAUCAAUAUGUCUUCAUAACACAUGUAAAAACAACCCAUUACCUAAAUAUUUAUUUCAAAAAAUGAUUAAUUACCGCAAAUAAUAAGUAGAAAAGUAGGAAUUUGCAAAUCUUGUAGAUAUGGCUACAGCUGCAGAAGCAAACAGAGGGUCAUAAUUUUUAUUGUUUUUACGUUUAAUGAGGAUGGACAUUGAUAAUUAAGAAUUAAAAUAAUUAACUGAGUUAUCCUCUUAAGCAGUAGGAAUUACAGAUUAUUUAAGAAGAGUGCCUUUCACACUUUAAAAUUAUAAACUUAAUUUACCUGAAGAUAUAAAAUUUAAACAUAGUAUAAAUGUUCGAUCACUUUGGGAUAGAAUUAGGGGUAGUAUAUUAUAAGAAUUUAAGGUGAACCAAAGGAAGAAUUGUAUGAUGCAGUUUUAGAAGUGGCUGCAUUUGCUAGAACAUAAAUGAUUAAGACUUUUUAAUAUUAAAACAAAAUUCCAACAUAAUCAUUUAGGGCAUUUUUACAUUUAAUACCAAGUGAAUAAUAUUUAGAAGAAUUAGAAUAUUAUAAUUUUAAGAUAUUUGAAAAGUAUGAGUUUUUUAAAAAUUAGAGCAAUUAAUUAAAAUUCAUAUGUUUAAUUACCUAUAACCUUGUUUAAGAAUUGUAGAAAAAUGAGGUUUCUAAACAAAGAAUACGAUAUGAAAUGA